GGAUUGAAAUCUUUCCUGCAGUCCUCGCAAACCCUCUACAAACCUGCACAUGCUAGAGAGCUGAGAAAUGAAGCCAAAUAGUCUGGUUUCACUGUCUGAGCUGAUAGAAGAGACCAUCUUCCAGCCAAUCAGGAUUGUUCACUACGCAGAGCAGUGACCUAAGACUUUUUGGAGGGCAGCACGCCUAGAAAUACACGCCACCUGCCAUCACGCACACUCCUCCAGCACCAUGUCAGGAAACUACACCCCCUCUUCUGGGGGCCCCUUCUCGGCUCUCACGCCCAGCAUCUGGCCACAGGAGAUCCUGGCAAAGUAUACCCAGAAAGAAGAGUUGGUGGAGCAGCCGGAAUUCCGGUAUGAUGAAUUCGGCUUCCGAGUGGAUAAGGAAGAUGGCGCUGAGCCGAACUCCAGCAAGCUGCUGGGGAUUCCACUGACGGAGGAGCCACAGCAGAGGCUGAAGUGGCAGGCCCACCUGGAAUUCACACACAACCAUGAUGUGGGGGACCUCACCUGGGACAAAAUUGAGGUCACGCUGCCAGGUUCGGACAAGCUGCGCUCACUGGUGCUGGCUGGCAUCCCACACAGCAUGAGGCCUCAGCUGUGGAUGCGUCUCUCUGGGGCCUUGCAGAAGAAGAGGAAUUCAGAGAUGUCCUACCGAGAUAUUGUGAAAAACAGCUCCAAUGACGAAACUAUCUCUGCCAAACAGAUUGAGAAGGACCUGCUCCGCACCAUGCCCAGCAACGCCUGCUUUUCCAACAUGAACAGCAUCGGGGUGCCACGACUGCGCAGGAUACUCCGGGGACUAGCUUGGCUUUACCCAGAGAUCGGAUACUGCCAAGGCACCGGCAUGGUGGCGGCUUCCCUGUUGCUCUUCUUGGAGGAGGAAGAUGCCUUUUGGAUGAUGUGUGCCAUCAUCGAGGACCUGGUACCUGCCUCCUACUUCAGCACUACGCUGAUGGGAGUGCAGACCGACCAGCGCGUCCUACGCCACCUCAUCGUGCAGUACCUGCCUCGGUUGGACAAGCUCCUGCAAGAGCAUGACAUUGAGCUGUCCCUGAUCACCCUGCACUGGUUCCUCACGUGCUUCGCUAGUGUUGUGCAUAUCAAACUGCUGCUGCGUAUAUGGGACCUCUUCUUCUACCAGGGUUCGCUGGUGCUCUUCCAGGUCACACUGGGCAUGCUCAGUAUGAAGGAAGAUGAGCUAAUCCAGUCGGAGAAUUCUGCCUCCAUCUUCAACACUCUCUCGGACAUCCCGUCUCAGAUUGAGGAUGCAGAGGUGCUGCUGCGGGAGGCCAUGCGCGUCGCUGGCUCACUGACAGACAUGGCAGUGGAGACCCAGCGCCGCAAGCACCUGGCUUACCUCAUUGCUGACCAAGGGCAACUGCUCAACGCCAGCGCCGCUGUCAAUAGUCUAUCCAAGAUUGUGCGGCGCAGGACCCAGCGCAGGAAAUCUGGCAUCACCUCGUUGCUUUUCGGUGAGGAUGAUUUGGAGGCACUGAAGGCCAAGAACAUCAAGCAGACGGAGCUGGUGGCUGACCUUCGUGAGGCGAUCCUGCAGGUGGCACGGCACUUCCAGUGCGUGGAUCCAAAGAACUGCAGCAUUGACCUGACUCCGGAUUACACCAUGGAGAGCCACCAGCAGGACCAUGAAAACUACGUGGCAUGUUCCCAGAACCGCCGGCGCCGAGCCAAGGCACUGCUGGAUUUUGAGCGCCAUGAUGACGAUGAGCUGGGCUUCCGCAAGAAUGACAUCAUCACAAUCAUAUCCCAAAAGGACGAGCACUGUUGGGUGGGGGAACUGAAUGGACUGAGAGGUUGGUUUCCUGCAAAAUUUGUGGAGGUCUUGGAUGAACGGAGCAAAGAGUACUCCGUUGCUGGCGACGACUCGGUCACAGAGGGGGUGACAGACUUGGUCCGAGGGACGCUCUGUCCAGCGCUGAAGUCUAUAUUUGAGCAUGGGUUAAAGAAGCCGUCCCUGCUGGGGGGGCCCUGCCACCCCUGGCUGUUUAUCGAAGAGGCUGCUGGACGGGAGGUGGAACGAGACUUCGACUCAGUGUACUCCCGCCUCGUGCUCUGUAAGACUUACAGGCUGGAUGAAGAUGGAAAAGUUCUGACUCCAGAGGAACUGCUUUAUCGGGCAGUGCAGUCCGUGAACAUGACGCACGAUGCUGCGCACGCUCAGAUGGAUGUGAAGCUUCGCUCCCUCAUCUGCAUUGGACUCAAUGAGCAGGUCCUGCAACUGUGGCUGGAGGUGCUGUGCUCGAGCCUGCAGACAGUGGAGAAAUGGUUCCAUCCCUGGUCCUUCCUGCGCAGUCCUGGCUGGGUGCAGAUCAAGUGUGAGCUCAGGGUCCUCUCCAGAUUUGCAUUCAGUCUCUCUCAAGACUGGGAACUUCCUAUUAAGAGAGAGGAGAAGGAGAAGAAGCCGCUGAAGGAAGGAGUGCAGGACAUGCUGGUGAAGCACCAUCUCUUCAGCUGGGACAUAGAUGGCUGACCCCGCCCACUGCGGACCUUCUAGACUGCCACACUUAACACACCCUCCCCCCCCCCGCCCCCCCGUCCGUGGCUGCUCUCAGCCCAGCUGAAGCAACAGCCUCUCCAGCUCAGCUGGGCACUUCACCUCAGGCCCUGGGUAGCUGGAGGGCUGUGUGUGGUCUUGCAGGCAGAAAUCCUUCGCCUAGCCUGUGCAGCACACCCUGCACCAGCUGCCCAGCUCUCAGUCCCACGUGUUCCCUUGCCCCCAGCUGUAAGCCCUGCUCGGAGGGGGAGGCAGGGACUCUACCAGCCAGAUCUCUAGCUUCCUUUUUGGCCCACCGUGCUGCUCCUCUGGGAGAGGGUUCUUAACCUGCCUCAUGGCCCCUCUCCCUACUGUCCUAGGGAUAGUGAGCAGAUCUGUGUGUCUGUUCAACGUUUCCAAGUGCUGCUGGAGCCCAGAAUGUGAGGGCAGCAGGUGAAGAGACAGCCUCCCCUCUCAAUGGACCCUGCAAUUAUCAAGCACCCAGGGGGAGCUGAGGAAUGCACAGAACCACUGGCUGACCUGAGCUUCCCUGACUCUUGUGCUUUAGAAGCCUCCCUCGGUGAAAGAUUUUUUUUGUCUUGUUGCCCUAGCAGUGUAAGGGACAGAUGGGGGUGCUGACAAGAUGUGCCUAAGGGAGCAGCCAGUUACCAACUAUAACUGCCUUAGGGGAUGGGGCUUUUUCUCAAAAGUGUGGAGGCAAGCCCCAGUUCUCCCCUAGCCGGAGGGAGUAUCAUGCUGUUGUUUUAGCCUCUAGCUGUGUUACUUUGAAUUAACCAAAAAGAUGUAAAUGAUCUCUAGACAUAUCUGUAUAUUUUGGCAUCAUCUUAGCUCAGGAAGUGGGUUCAGGCCUGAGCGGGCUCAGGGAGACCUAACUCAGCCCCUGCCCUGUGGGAAGAGGCUGAGGCCUGUAAGCUAGGAGUGGAGCAUCAGUACUGCUGUAGGGUAACUCUGCUCCAUGGCGUCUGUGACUUUAGGAAUGAAAGCACUUGUUUGUGAGCACAAACUACUCAUGAAAUAACACUAGAUUCUUACUUUCUUUGGGGUUGUAAAUAAAGUGCAUUUUGGGAGA